CGGCACUAGGUAAAGGACAGCCAGCCACGCCACUGGCUUUAGCCUAAAACCUUCCCACCCAAACCCCGGAGGUACACUGCCAGUUUUCCAGUGGCAGCAUGGACAUCAAGGAGUAUUUUGCCAGAAUUUCUUACCAGGGCUCCUACGAUAAGCCGGACCUGGCUACCUUGACAGAGAUAUUCCAGCACCACAUCCGAGCAGUCCCUUUUGAAAACCUCAGCAUCCACUGUGGAGAAAGCAUUGAGCUGGACCUGGAAGCGACUUACAACAAGAUAGUGAGGAAGAAACGAGGGGGCUGGUGCAUGGAAAACAACCACCUCUUAUCUUGGGUCCUAAAAACCCUUGGCUAUGAGAUCACCCUUCUGGGAUCAAAAGUUUAUAUCCCGGAGCACAACGCCUAUGCAGAGGAGAUGGAUCAUCUGCUGCUCAGAGUGCAGCUUGGUGACAAAUCCUACAUCGUGGAUGGUGGGUUUGGGAUGGCCUACCAGAUGUGGCAGCCAAUGGAGCUGGUUUCAGGGACAGACCAGCCGCAGACUCCCGGGGUCUUUCGCUUCGUGGAGGAGAGUGGGUUCUGGUACCUCGAGAAGGUGAAAAGGAAGCAGUGGGUUCCCAACCAAAGCCUCUCCACUUCCCAUAAUGUGGAUAAAGAAGUUUGCCGGCGGGUUUAUCUCUUCACCCUUGAGCCACGAGACAUCGAAGAGUUCAGAGCCUGCAAUGCCCGCCUGCAGACCGCGCCGGACUCGCUGUUUGUGACCAAGUCUAUCUGCAGCCUGCAGACAUCUGCUGGUGUCCGGGCUCUGGUGGGGUGGAAACUCACUGAGAUAACGUACAAUUACAAGGAUAAUAUGGAUCUGGUGGAAAUCAGAAUCCUUGCAGAUGAAGAAUUGGAGAAAACACUGAGAGAGAAAUUCAGUGUAACACUAGACAAGAAAUUUGUACCUGUCAAUACAAGCAGGUUGUCUCUGUUUUAAGUCACUGUCUGAAUGAUAAUUAAAUCCAGUGGCAUUACAUUCAAUCCUUCCCCUUAUUUCUAAACAGCAUCUAAAGGUUAAGCUUUCUCUUUCCAUCUACACCAGCGUAAAGCAGAACACAUUAGCAUGAAUCUGGAAAAGAAAUUGAUUUUCACAACUGCUCCUGCAUCUCUUUUUGGUUUGGGUACAAAUAAUUCCUUCCUAGCUCAAUCAAAUCACUCCCUUUCUGUUUGUGCUUAGCUGGAAGCAGGCUCUGCCCAUUUCCUACUUCUUUCAUCUCUUAAAAGCCUUUCCAAAUACAUCCAGAGUAGCAGGGCAGAGCGACGGAGCUGUAUGUCUCUUUCUUUAUUACUUUGUGCUGCCACCAGGGAAAAAUAUAUGCACCUCUUAACUGAAUACCAUAUUAUUUUUGGAAUUUAACAGCCAGAAAAACAAAGCCAUUCUCUGAUGAGUUAGCUACAGUCAGCCAUAAGCCUGUUCUUUUUGCUCUGGCAUUCACAGCAGCCUCUCAGGCAGCUGUUGGGCAGCCCCACGCCUGUGUCUUACUGUGCAAAUACUUACGGACUGGCUAUUUAUGGCCUCAGACUGACGAUGAGAAAUAGGAGUGGACAAUAGUGUUUUGUUUCAGAUUCCACACAAUCCCUGUUCUCUCAGUGAUAUAACCAGCAGCAGUAUUUCUUUGAACUGAAAGAAUCUCCCAGCCAUGGUGUUUGUUCCCACCCAGUAGCAGACUGCUGGGAAUACAUGCUCCUCUUGCAAGACUUGACUCCAAGUGUUAAUACACAUUAAUUACCCUGGCUGAACACAAACACACACACAGAAUUCUUUUUCUGAAACAUAUCUGUUCUACUUAGGAUUGUGCUGGCAGUGAUACUAAUUAUAUUGAUAUAAGGAGAAAUGAUGAAUCUUAAUCAGAUACCUAAAGGCUAAGAUUUUUAGCAUGAGAAAUUACUCAAAUGUAAUCACUUUGCCCUUUGAGAUGAUGCUUGAUGUUCCUUUAUGUACAAAUCAUGGAAACAUUAUAACUAUGCACUCAUAACUAAGUAAACUAUAUAAGUGACUUACAACUAAAUAAAAAAAAUAAAUAAUUUGAGAAUUGUAAAGUAGAAGUAUUAAUCUGUUUUUUUCCAAAUUAUAAUGUGUAUCCCCAAAGUAAAAAAUGUCAUUAACCACU